CUAAAAAAUCAACCAAACCAAACCCAAACUCAUUGAACUACUUCUCAUCAAAAAUAAAAAGGCUGCAGCAAAAGAACCAUUCCCAAAUAAGCUAGCCUAGCCACCACUCUCCUCUCUCUCUCUCUCUCUCUCUCUCUCUUUCUUUCUCUCUUCCUCUUUCUCUUGUUUCUUGCCUAGAAAUUUUCUUGUUUCUUGCCUAGAAUUUGGUAGUGUGCUAGCCUUGUGUUUUACCUGUUAACUCUUGCUGAGAACUUGGGGUGUGAUCUUUUGGACUUUUAGGAGCUUUUACACUUGGAUAACCAUUUCUCUAGUCUUCAAAUUAAGCAAAGAUGGGAGAGAUGUCAAAAUUCCAAUUGGGUGUGAUUGGUGCACUAUUUCUCUCUGUGGCUUCCUCUGUCUCCAUUGUGAUCUGCAACAAAGCCUUGAUGAGCAAUCUUGGCUUCCCAUUUGCCACAACCCUUACAAGUUGGCAUUUGAUGGUUACAUUUUGCACCCUUCAUGCGGCUCAACGCUUAAAUCUGUUUGAGGCCAAGCCUGUUGAUAUGAAGACAGUCAUGCUUUUUGGCAUUCUAAAUGGUGUCUCCAUUGGAUUUCUCAACUUGAGCCUUGGCUUCAAUUCCAUUGGAUUCUACCAGAUGACAAAACUUGCAAUCAUACCAUUUACAGUAAUUCUAGAAACUAUUUUCCUCAAGAAGCAGUUCAGCCAGAAAAUCAAGUUCUCUCUCUUCCUAUUACUUAUUGGAGUUGGCAUUGCCUCCAUCACAGACCUUCAGCUAAAUUUUCUUGGAACCAUUCUUUCCCUUCUAGCUAUCAUCACCACAUGUGUUGGUCAAAUUCUUACCAACACAAUACAGAAGAAGCUCAAUGUCUCUUCCACACAGCUCCUCUACCAGUCUGCUCCAUUCCAAGCAGCAAUUCUUUUUGUUUCAGGCCCUUUUGUGGAUAAGAUGCUCACCAAGCAAAAUGUCUUUGCAUACAAGUAUACUCCUUUAGUCUUGACAUUCAUCAUCCUGUCAUGUGUGAUAGCUGUUUCUGUGAACUUCAGCACCUUCCUAGUUAUAGGCAAAACAUCUCCUGUAACAUAUCAAGUGUUAGGCCACCUCAAGACUUGCCUUGUUCUAGCAUUUGGAUACACAUUGCUCCAUGACCCCUUUAACGUGAGGAACAUUAUUGGAAUAGCGGUUGCCGUUUUCGGAAUGGGGUUGUAUUCUUAUUUCUGCACCCAGGAGAACAAAAAGAAACAAUCAGUGGAUCCCCCAUUGGCAUCCCAGGUUAAAGACCCACUUUUGGGUGGGAAAAACAUGGAUAAUGGACAAAAGGAGAGUCACGAGCCUAAGAAAUCAAGCAAGGACUCUCUUGUUUAAAUAAACAAGACCUGUCUUUGUUAAGAUCUCUGAUAUUCCAGAGUUGUUUCAAUCUUUAGAGUAAAUCAAAUUUUGUUUUGAGAUGAAGUAUGAUGCAUUGUCAUUGUCAGUGUAAAAAAAAAGUUUAAUAAGGUUGUCAUUCAAUAUUAAAUUGUCACAUUAUUUGAUGAGUUUGAUCA